CGCGCACCAGUCAAUUUCUACGAACAACAUGGCGGACACAACGAUCGACGAGAGCAACGUGGUUGCCGAUCUAAACCAGACGUUAAACGAAACUGUAGCAAAUGCUACCGCUAAAAUUCCGGCCACCCCGGAGGGAAUGGCUGUCGCCUACGGGGGGCUGGUGAUCAUGGCUCUUUUGCCCAUCUUCUUUGGUGCUUUUAGAUCGGUUAAAUAUCAGAAAGAACAGAAGGAGAAUGGAGAAGUCCCGGAAAUCAUGUCAGAAAAAGACGCAGCCAUGUUCCCACUUAUCGCUAGUGCAACAUUAUUUGGAAUCUACGUAGUUUUCCAGAUUUUCUCAAAGGAUUACAUCAAUUUGUUGUUGACUGUUUAUUUCUUCUUCCUGGGAGUCUUAGCCCUCGCUCAUAUAUUUAGCCCUGUGAUGCGGAAGCUUCUACCGGCAGCAUUCCCAAAUGAGUCGUAUCAUCUCAUAUUCACAAAAGGGAAAGCUGACAAGAAGGAAGAUUUAGUGAACUACGAGUUUGACAACAAGGAUCUUGUGUGCCUUGGCCUCGCCGGUUUGUUUGGUGUUUGGUACCUGAUGAAAAAGCAUUGGGUUGCCAAUAACAUCUUUGGCCUAGCGUUUGCCUUGAACGGAGUGGAAUUCCUGCAGCUCAACACCGUCAUGACUGGAUGUAUACUACUCGGAGGUCUCUUCAUCUAUGAUAUAUUUUGGGUGUUUGGCACCAAUGUCAUGGUGACUGUUGCCAAGUCGUUCGAAGCUCCAAUCAAAUUGGUUUUCCCGCAAGACAUCCUGGACAAGGGCUUUGAUGCCAACAACUUUGCCAUGUUGGGUCUCGGUGACAUCGUCAUCCCAGGGAUAUUUAUUGCUCUCCUGCUGCGUUACGACGUAAGUAAAGCAAAGUCGAGCCGUGUCUACUUCACAGCUAGCUUCUUGGCCUACAUCUUGGGUCUGUUGACCACCAUCGGUAUCAUGCAUUUCUUUAAGCAUGCCCAGCCAGCUCUGCUGUACCUGGUACCUGCCUGCAUCGGGGUACCGAUCAUCAUAGCCCUCAUCCGAGGAGAAAUCAGGGACCUCCUCAAAUACGAAGACAAUCCAUCAAAGGAGGGCGAUGAAAAGGUUUCCAAGGCAACAGAUGGAGAAGACGAUAAGACAAGCAGCAAAGACAGUGAACCCAAGAAAUCCAAGUAACUCAACCAGGGUAUGACCUUGGAAAUGUUGACCUUGAGGUCACAAUAUGACCCCGAGGUCUUAAUAUGACCUGAAGUACAAUCAAUUCACCCAUGAACAAUCUGAAUUGACCUUUAGAUUCCUGAACUGACCUUUGGUUUGAACCGCAGACAUCAUUUAGAGUUAGGAUGUGACCUCAUGGUUUGACCUCAUGGAUGACCUGGUGUCAUAACUCGACCUUACGGUUUAAUUUGACCAGUGCAUUGACCCAAGUAUAAAUAAUAUUGUGAUAUAAUAAAGCUUCUAUUUAUCGUGUUGCAACAGUAAUGUACAAUGUAUCUUCGCUUCCUUGACUAAAUUUGAUUGUCGCUGGGAAAUUUUUUUAGUAAUCUUAAAGAAUAAAACAUAGUUAACCCUCCUACUUUGGGUAUCAUUUUCCAGAGAGUUGAUCAACCAUUUGAAACCAUUUAACCGCACAGGUUUUGUAGGGUGGCACACCUGUACUCAGAACAAACUGUGCAUUACAGGUUGGAAAGAAAUAGUUUGGUCUCCUAUGUGUAUUAUAAAUACACUUAAGUUUGUGGCACACAGGGAGCCAGACAAAGAUGCCUGCCUUGGGCAACACAGAAUAGAUUUUCUAUUGUUGAUUAACAGACCGAUCUAUUUGGCAGGGAUGGCCGAAUAUUAGCAAAAUGUUCAAUGUAUUAAUAAUUAUAAAUAGUGACCAACUUCAAUAUUUCUGCAAACCUUCAAUUAAAAACAAAUACAUCCCAUAAUUGGUUGUUUUUGCUUCCAACAAAUCAUACACUAUUUUUGACAAUUUGUGAAACAUAAUUGCAAACUGUGGCUACCAGUUUUUUGCUCUGUAUUUAUAACCCAUAGUUUUCCUUGGUUGGAAAAAACUGAUGUUGCAUUUAGAGAAGUCUAUGCAGCUGUUAGACACAUUAAAAGUUUACUUGGUACUGAACUAGGCCAAUUUUAUAGAGCUACUUAUUGAGAGAGUUCCAUUUCAAAGUGCUGCUAACCAUAUGCACACAAACAGGCAUGUUAGCCUUCAGGGCCCAAUUUAAUAGCGCUGCAAAGCACAAAAAUCUGCUUUGCAUGAAAUUUCUCCCUUGAUAAAAACAGGAAUGCCAACCAAAUUUCCACGUGAUUUCCACAGGACAAGCAAAGAACAGCUGAAUACUAGUAAGAAGCAACAUGCAUCAAAUGGAAAUUUGGUCGGCAUUCCUGUUUUUAUCAAGCAAGAAAUGUCAUGCUAAGCAAAUUUGUGUGCUUAGCAGCGCUAUGAAAUUGGGCCCAGGUGCUUACAGUAUGAAUACGAAUGACCUAAGUAAACAAGCAUGCUGACUGCCUAAUUUUCGUGCUACAUUUUAACAUGUCAAAUGUGCCUACUCAUAAGCAAAUUUUCCUGCUACAGUUAGCACAAAAAGUUGCUUACUAAUAAGCAGUGCUAUGAAAUUGGCCCCUGGUUGUAACUUGGGUUUGUUUUAGCCCUGGUACUCUCCACUACAAGGACUAGUUUUAUUUCAGGUGAUGUUGGAGUUGUACAUGAGAUUAAUAGAGUAGAGACAAGUAGUAUUUUUUUUCCUUUUUCGGUAGUUUCCUGACAGUCAAAUCAUAGUUUUAGAUAAUAUAAGACAGUUUUGAUUCCUUUUAAGUGUUAUUGAAAAAAAAAAAACUCUAAGAGAAUUUGAUGGUGUUUUUUUUUCUUCUUUGAGUUUGACUCAAACUGGUUGUUUGAAAAUGUUUGUUUUCUUUUUCUUAAGUCGCCGCAACCUUGCUGACAUUGCAUGAACAACAAAUUAACUCAAUCUUAAAACUCAUUCCUUAUAUCUGUUUUUGUGUCUCACUGUCAGACUUGGUAACAUUUUUCUGUUUAUCAUCAACUACAGAUCUGAAAUUUGAAAUAAGCUGCAUUUCUCAGUAAUUAACUAACUAAUUAAAAAAAUUUAAGCAGUAUUACUCUCGCUAAUUGGUGUUUGUGUUCUGCAAAGUAAAACAAAUUAACAAGUUAAAUGUAAGGUCACUAUUCAAUUAAAUUUGUGCACAAUAAACUUCAGCUGUGGUGUUUUUGUUGAAUAUUAAAUGACAACUUAGUCAGUGCACUUUUUGGGGUGAAAUGAUAGUGCUUUUAAGUAGCAGCAGGCACACAGGGUACAUGACCUAUAGGUAGUGGGAAUCCAACAACAGAUGGGCCCAAUUUCAUAGAGCUGCUUAACAAAACUGUCUGCUUAGCAGAAGUGAGAUGAAUUAUUCUGCUGCAAUUUUACAGCUUUUUAAAUUUUUCUAUUUGUUGUCGGCCAAAACAAAUAUAAGUGGGCCUUUAUUGAGGUUGUCGAUUUAUUUUGUUGUGUUUGUGGCCAGCAUGGAAAGCUACAAAAGUGCAUUUAUUUUCUUAAAUAAUAUUUGUGGAUGUUAAAUGGUUUCAUGGGAACCUUACCAUGACAGAAUUAGAAAACAGUUUUCUUUUUUGGGUAAUCUAAAUAUCUUUGGUGAGCAGGCCGCAAACUAGAGGAUGUUCCCCUACUUCGUAGUGUUUUAAUCCAUGGUUUAUUUUACUAGUUUUAAGUUUGAAAACUUUAACUAAAUUCUUAACAAUCUCUGUCGUAUUUAUGCGUUUUAUGUGUUUGUAAACGUUGUGCUAAUUAAUGCAUUAACAAUAAAUGUGCAUUCCGUGUAAACAUUGA